AAGAUGUUAUACUACUUAUUACCGCUCCCUUCACCAUAAUUCAGUUUAUGGGGUGGCUAACAUUGUAUUUAUAUUCCUGCAAUCAUUGUAAUUGUAAUACAAGAGAAUUUCAUUCCGUUCAGGUCUAUUUUUUUAGCUCUGUUUUUCUGUGUUCUAUCAUGUGCAAGUUUUGUUUCUAUUCUUCUAGUUAGAUCUCUGCGCAGCUGCAGCUGCAAAAUUUUACAAGACGGGCAUCGGUAACCUGGCACAAUUAUAAACCUAAAACGAGGGCUUGCUCUGUUUGAUCUGCACAUUCAACGAUGGCAACCAUGACGGCUUCUGCUUCACUACAGUUUAUUAUUGUUUUCUUUAUGGCAUCUUUCUCCAUGAUUUUUUGUCAGGCUGUUGAGAAUCCCGUAGGCGGAAUAUGCAACAACAGUACUGAUAACAGCACUGUGUGCCAAGGAACAAAAGGGCUUAAAAUCUCACAUAUUGUAGAGGAGGAACCGGAACCGAUCACGUCUCCAGGUGAAACUUCCCCAUCUACUCCUACCACAACAGGAGGGACACCGAAAACUGCUGGAUCAUCUCCUACCAUAAUUAUUGCUGGAUCAUCUGCUAAUAGUAAGAGUAUGGCGUCCACAUUUAUUGUUGCUCGCCCAUCUUUCCAGGCUGUGGCUCUGGUAUUCACAGUCACAUCUUUUCUUUUCUUUGUCUUCAGUGUUUGAAAGGGUUUGGCAUUAGGGUUAUCCGUAUUUUUCACAGAAGCGCUGUUGUAAUUACAUCAGAGAUCAUUCCGUCUUUCAUUUCCUUUUAUUUGAGAUUAGGGUUUAUUAGGGUUAUCUGGCAUUAGGGUUAUUUCCUUUUGUUUGACAUUAGGGUUAUCUGUAUUUUUCGCUGAAGCGCGGUUGUAAUUACAGCAGGGCUCGUCCCCUGUUUUUUUAAAGAUGCUGAAAGUGAUGGGGCAAAUUUUCAUUUCCUUGAAUUGAAUUUGCCCCUUUUUUUCAA